AUGUACAGAAUAGACGUUUCAGAUUUUUAUGACUUCCAAGCGUUCAGAAAUAUGUGUCCAUUUAGAGACUAUAACAAAGCAGUCGAGAAUUUGAAACGUUUAGUCAUUUAUGUCGACUCUGCCCCAGAAUGUUAUGUUAUGAAAGAAUGGGAUGUUGUCUUUAACAAACCAAGAGCAACAAUAGUUUCAGAACAAGAAUGUAGACAGAAACUUAAGAAAAUAAAAGUCGUACAAGUUGGCAUGAAGAUGUUAGAUGCUUGGGAUAUCUUAUUGUCAAAGUUAGAAGAUUUUUCAGUUCGUGGUAUAAAGUUCUAUACACCUUCUCCAAACUUCUAUUCUAUCUUCACUGGAUAUAAAUACGAACAAGUAGAAUGGAAAGAAAAUAUUAUAGAAGCUUGGUUAGACCAUGUCAAAGAAAUUAUAUGCAAUGGAAACGAAAGAGUCUAUGAGUAUAUCUUAUGUUGGUUUGCAAACAUCUUACAACAUCCAAGUGCUAAAAAUGAAACUGCUCUCAUUAUAAUUGGAAAACAAGGAACAGGUAAGAAUACUUUCUUUACAGAUAUUUUGUGCAAACUGUUAGAGG